GAGGCUGGGUAUGGUCUCCAGCCAAGGUGGGUGGGACCACUGGAACGACAGAGCUCAGAGCUGGUCACAUACCACAGCACAGCGUCACAGAGCAGCCGAGCCCCCCGGAGAGCCAGCCACAACUGAGGGCAGCCCGCACUGUUUUUACGGGGUAAAAUGGCACCAGGGAGAAGAGAUGCAUGCCGUGGGCGGGGGGCAGUGGCAACGUGUGCCACAGCCCAGGUUGCCCUCUGCAAGGCCACGGCUGGACACCGGCAGCUGGUGCUGCAGCUGGGGGGGAGCGGUGACUGCCCUCGGCUGCGUGAGGAGCGCCGCAGGAGGAGCGCAGAGGCCCGUGAGCUCAGCAUGGGACUGCGGCGGGUGCUGCUAGCGGGGCUGCGGCAGACCCCGGCGAGCCCUCGGGAGCAGCAGGAGCUGGAGCGGCUGUGGGUGCUCUUCCUCUCCGCCCUGGAGCUCUUCCUGCAGGACCUGUACAGAGCCCAGCACCUCUGCCAGCUCUUCUCCAUGCAAGGGGGUGAUGUUGCCCCAUUGUGCACUGGGCUGAGGGCCUGGGGGCUGCCCAGCCGGCGAGGAGGGGGUCCCACACAGCCCCUGCCCACCCAGUGCUUGGAGGAGGAGAUCGAGCAGGUGAGGGCCACACUGGCAGAGAUGGAGAGCGGAGCCAACAUUCCACCAUGGACAGUGGAAGCCACAGAAACCACACAACCAGCAGAGACAAGUGGCACUGCAGAGAGAGCAGCCUGGGGAGGCCCCUGUGCCGGGCACUGCUGUGGGGUGCUGUGAGCUAGUAGCAGAAGUGGCACCCUGGUCACAGAGCAGGGGACAGUGACCCUAUGUACCCCUACAGUCCUCAACCCUUGCCUUUGCAGGUGAUGGUAUGGGCUGCUCCCACCCUGCAGAGGGAAUGGGUCCACUGCAGGCCCCCAAAUAUUGAUAGAGCUCCUGUUACCCCACAGGCGUAAGUGUCCCUUCCACCCUCCCUGCCCACACUUGCAGAGGAGCCUCUGCUCACCGAGAGUCUGCCAGAGCUGCUACAGAAUCCCCUGUAGAAGUUAUAAAUGUGCAUUUAUUUAUACAUUAA